GAGAAACCAUUGACGGACUGACGACGGCAGAUUUCACGCAGCAGCACAGCACACACAAGCACCGGCACACCCACAAUGGCCGACCCAGCCUCCUCAUCCCCAACCUCCCCCGCACCCUCAGAGCCCGACGACCCCGCCUCCCUCCCCGCCCUCGGCUCCCACGUCCACGUCUCAGCCGGCCCAGGCAUCGUCCGCUACGCCGGCCUCACCGCCUUUGCGCCCGGCUCCUGGGUCGGUCUCGAGUUACAGGAGCCCAACGGCAAGAACGAUGGCUCCGUGCAGGGGAAACGGUACUUUGAUUGUCCACCGAAUUACGGGGUUUUUGUGAGACCGAGUCAGGUUAGGGGUGAUCAUCUUGGCUCGCCGAGAGUGGGUGGGAAUGGGGAGGGCGCAGUGCAGGCUACACCGUUGCCACGGACCCGGCCGGCGUCUGCGCCGACGAGGACCAUCACGCCGCCGACAUCGCGAUUAUCGAUUUCCCGGGCGCCGAUGUCGGCUACCACCACCACCAACACCACCACGGGCCGCCCAAGCUCGGCCUCUGUGUCCCGCCCGCCUUCCUCGCUAGGCGGUCCUCCACCAUCCUCAUCCACCGUCGGCACGCGAUCUCGAAAACCUAGUCUGACGCGUGCGAGCACGACCACAGCGGCGACAACGGCAGCGGGCGGUGCGAGUUCGUCCCACGUUAGAUCCCCGAUCAACACUCCGACGUCUUCGGGAGCCACGUCGCCGAAACUGCGGAGGUCGACUAUUUCACCGGUUGGGUCGACGGGGUAUGUUGCGCCAACGACGACGGCGAGGAGGACUUCGAAGGUUGGGGUUGGGGCGGAGAGGUCGUCGGUUACGAGGGUGGCGGGAGGUGGCGCCGCUGCUGAGCGGACGUCGAUUACCCGGCCCGCGGUUGGUGAAGCUGAACGGCCCUCCAGGCGGUCGAUUGGGGCUGAGCGGGCGUCGGUUACGAGAGUGGCGGCAGCGGUUAAGCAUGCGAGUAGUUCAAGCACUCCGUAUACUGCGUCUCCGCCUGAUACCCCGUCAGCGGAAAUCGAGGCAGUGCCGCAUACCCUCUCUGCUGUCAUAGAAUCGACACAUGCGCUGAACUUGAUACAGCAGUCGCGCUCUGAAUCACCUUCGGUCAUGUCUGAAGAUGUCGUGUUAGAGGAUGUUGGCGUCGAUGAGAUGUCUUCUGCAGACAAUAAAGGCCCAGUGGUGGAUGUGGAGAAGCAGGACACCGUAGUUGAGCAGGAUAAGGCGGAGGAAACGGUACCCUCAGCAUCGGUACCGCCUAUGCCCGCGGAGGGGUGGGCAGAGAGCCGCGCGCCGUCCGACCGACGUUUGUCGUUUUCCGCUAGUCAGGUACCGGCCAGUCCCGCAAAGUUCAGCCAGCUCGUCCCCCUCCGCGACCUUGAAGAACUCCGCAUCAAACUUACCCACCUCGAACUCAAAUCCGCGCAAGACCGCGAAAAGCUCGUCGAACUCGAACGCAUGCGCGUAGAACUCGACGCAACCACCACGGCCAAACACAAACUUUCGGAAAAGCUACAAGAAGUCCAGUCCGAAGUCAGUGGCCUCCGACGCAGUGUGCGUGACGCCCACGAUGAACGCGACCGCGCGAAUGCACAGGUGUUGGAGGUGCAGGAGAAUAUGGAGAUUAUGCUGUUGGAUAAGGAGAUGGCGGAGGAACGGGCCGAGUCGUUGCAGGCGGAGGUUAGGAUACUGGAGGAGAGGGUGGAGGAGUUGAGUUUGGAUUUGGAGGUUCUGAAGCAGGAGCGGGAGUUGGAUUUGGAUCAGGGGACUGCCAGAGAUGAGGGGGGUGGCGGGCUCGCGGCGGCGGAAUCAGUAUCAGCAAACCCCACACAGCCGCGCACAGCCGAACAAAUCUCACAAACCCAACUCGAACGCCAAAACGAACGCCUCAAAGAAGCCCUCAUCAAACUCCGUGACGUCUCCUUCCAAGAAGAAUCCAACCUCAAAUCUAGAAUAACCGCCCUCGAAGAAGAAGUCGCCGAGCUCGAGGCCUACAAAGACCAGUACGCAAAAGCGACCGAGGAAUUACUCGCCGCCGAAUCCGCCGUCGACGAGCUCAAAGCCAUGAUGGACGACUCGCUCGGCGUGGAAGAUAUGGUCGGCGCCCUCACGGAGCGGAACAUGGCGCUGAACGAGAAACUCGAGGACGCGAAAGCCGUGAUCCGCGAUUUGGAGGCGUUGAGGGAGUUGAAUGAUCAGUUGGAGGAAGAUCAUAUUGAGACGGAGAAUCUGCUGCAGGAGGAGAUUGAGGUCAAGGAGGCGGUGGUGGUGGAGCAGAGGGCGAGACUGGCGGCGAUGGAGGAUGCGUUGGCGGAUUCGGAUCGGACGAUUCAGCAGUUUAGGGAGCUUGUGAGGACUUUGCAAGGCGAUUUGGAGAAUUUGGGGCCAGCGGUGCAGGAUGGCGGUGCGGAUGCCGCUGAAGUGGAUUCAGCCGGCGACCGCAAUCUUAACAGUCAGAGCCAAGCCAUGAUCAAACUACAACUCCAGCUCCAAUCCACACAAGCCAAAGCCCACGCGCGCUCCGUCGAGCUCGAAUUACGCAAACUCGAAGUCGAGCAGGCCAAUCUGCACCUCAGUAUCCUGACACCCUACCUCCCCGAAACCUUCUUCCAAACCGACCACAGCUCCAUCGCGGCUCUGCUGCUGUUCAAACGGAUGCAGUUCAAGGCCUUGUUGCUGGCCCGGUGGGUCGAUGAGUCCGCGCAUGUACCAACGGGGGAUACGGACCACCUCGCCGUCGCACUGCACGUGCUAUCCUACCUCGCGCAAGUCAGCGGUCUCUCUUCACAAUUGGCAACACACAUCGAGACCGCAGCCCCCGCCGAUUUCGAGAGCUUUGGCAAAAUACCCACCCACCUCGCCGGCGUGGAAAUGAAACUGGACGUGGUGCUUGAGCAAUUGCAGAAAGACGCGCCGGUUGAUGGGGCUGUGGUUGAGGCGACAAGGGCUGUGCUUGUAAGGCUGGAACGGGUUGCGGAGUCGGUGCUUGUGGAUGCGCAAUUGGGCGCACGGACCCGGCACGCCCGUGUUACGGCGACGUUGGCGACUAUGGCUCGUGAUGCUGAAAGGGUGGGUGUUAACCUCGAUCGGAUCGACGGUAUCCUGACCGUGCAGCCGAACGACGGGGAUAUCACGGAUGAAGUAUCUACCAGUCUGCAAGCCGCGCGGGGGACGGCGUUACAAGACUGGGAGACCCUGAGAACGAACGCGAAACAAGCCACGACCCUUCGCAAGAAGCUGGCGCGCAAGAUCGAGGACAUGGCGCAGCGCGACGGCGGUGGGUGGACGCUCACGCGGGAGCCGUACGAGGUAUUAACGGCCGUGGCGGGUGACACGGCCAACCUCGCCGAAUGCACAGCCCGUAUCGCGUCCCAAACUCUCACCUACGUCCUCAACUGCCGCGAGACCCAGUCCCCGAUCACGAUCGAGACAUUGGCCCGGAUUUCCAAAGACGCUGUUGAGCAACUCUUCGCACGUCCGGAACCGGACUUUGCCGCUGUUGUGAAAAACGUCUCGGCCGCUUUACCACAGCAGUUCUCGCGAAUAGAUCAGUUGCUUGAUAACGCAGACACGGCAUGGACGCCCUGCCCACCCCAACCCCCGCCCUGGCACGCGCGCGCCGCACUCUGCAAAAAGGACUACACACUCAACACAACCACCCAAACGCAGCUGUCCCACCUCACCGCCGAACUCACCGCCCUCCUCGUCGCCACAAAACAAAAAGACGUCGCGCUAGCCGAAUCGCAGCUGAAAAUCGAGUUGAUGGAGAAACGCGUCGCGGAUUCGAGACGGCAUGCGGAUGUCAUUUCGGGGUUGAGGGAGGAGUUGAGUGGUGUGGGCGAGAAGGCGAGGGUGUAUGAGGAGGCCGUGGAGAGUCUGCACGCGGAUUUGCAGGCGUUGGAGACGGAGAAUGAGAAGCUGAGGAGGGUUGUACGGCGGUUGGAUCGGGGUGGUGGGUCGAAUACUGCCAGUACAGGCGCGGCGUCACCUAGCAAACACGUCGGCAGCCCUCUGCGGAGCGGUGGUGGGUCGGAAGCGGAUCUGAGGGAACCGAGAGGAGGUGGCGAGGAAGCGGUGUUCCAGCGGGAGAUGUACGCUCAGCUGACGUCGCUGAAGGCGGCGGUGGGGUAUCUCCGGGCGGAGAAUGCGCGGUUGAAGGCCGGGAAGGCGAAUGCGAGUGCUGCGGUGUUGUUUGGACGGGGGGAUCCGCUCAUGAGAAGGGGGUUGGAGGUUGUUAAGGGUGGUGGGGCUGCUGUUUCGGCUGAACCUGAUGCGGAGACGAAGCCCGGGACUGCAAGACCACACGCAGGGGAUGUGGAAGAGCCCCCGCAGCAACAACAACCGCAACACCGCCUAACCCACCUCGCCCGCACCCUCCUCCGCGACACAACCCUUCACCUCGCCACCCCGCGCGUCGUCAACGUCUCCACCCUCCCGCCCGCGUCGAGCAGGACCUGGACGUCGUGGAAGACGGAUCCGAGGGUGCAGAGGGCGGAGGGCGAGGAGGUGAGGAGGGGGUUGGUGGAGAGGGCGGGGUGGUUGAGAGGGGUUGGUGGGGAUGGGGAUGUGGUUGGGGACAGUGGGAAAGUAAGCCGGGGGCGCCAACAGCAGCGGGAACAGCAGUGGAGGAUUGGGAAGGUUACGGUGCGGGAUAUAAAUGCGACGAGCACAAGUACGACCGUGCCAGCGAACUUGUCUUCGGCGACAAACCGUCCUCGAUGUGUUGUCUUGAACUCUCGACGGGAGUUUGAGGCUUUGCAUGCCGUUUUCGCGUGAGCCGCUCGCUGGGUUUCUGGCGGUUGUUGCCCGCGAGAGGACAACCUUCCAUGUUCAUAUGUACGUACACAUUAUACCCCCGAACGAAAAAUACGAAAUGAGAGAGUCUGUAUGCAGAAGAUGAUUCGGAAAUACUGAACUCUGAAACCGUGACAACUUCCACGGCCACUGAUUGGGCGUAAAAAUGUGAUUUGG